AUGACGCUGUACAGGUCCUGCUCCGAACGAUUUCUAGUUCAGCAACGGCGACGGUGUAGCACAACACGAGACUACAAUGCCGCCGUGGCCGCGCUCAACGGCCUGCAGAGCAAUUUCUCAAUCGUCGAGGCCAUCCGCAAGCAGGGUCCUGGCUCAAACAAGCUCGCCCUCCCCGAGAUGAUCAGUUGGGUGCGCCGCAUUGGAUACGAGGUGUGCGUUGGCCAAGGAUAUGUAGGUGUUGUGUAGAGCUGACCUUCUGUAGCCCUCGCACUUCGACCGGCUGAAUCCCAUCCACGUAGCGGGUACCAAAGGCAAAGGCUCUACCUCCUCGUUUAUUUCCUCCAUCCUCGCUCAAUAUCUUCCUGCAAAACGCAGUAUCCAUGCCGAGAGGUUGCCUUCGUCAGUCGGCCUCUAUACUUCGCCGCAUCUUCGUUUCAUCAGAGAGCGAAUCAAGAUCGACAACGAGCCAAUAUCUGAAGAGCUGUUCGCGCGGUGCUUCUGGGAGGUGUGGGACCGCUUGGAAUCAACCAGACCAAGUACGGAGCAACCAGGCACAAGAAGUGUAGAGGGCAAGCCCGUAUACUUCCACUUCCUCACUCUCAUGGCCUUGCAUUGUUACAUGCAGGAACAGGUCGGCUCUGCGGUCAUUGAAUGUGGCAUCGGAGGGGAGUACGACACUACCAAUAUCCUGGUCCAACCCUCUGUGACCGGCGUCACAAGCCUAGGCAUUGAUCACGAGACGCUGUUGGGAAGCACCAUUAGCGAGAUCGCCUGGCACAAGGCUGGCAUCUUCAAGCCUGAUGUUCCUGCAUUUUCGGUUACUCAGGCCGGGGAGGCUCUGGAAGUUUUGCAAGAGCGAGCCCGAGAAAGGGCAACGGAGCUGUACGUUGUGCCCAAGCACGCCUCGAUGGACUCAAUAGAUUUGGGAUUACAGGGACACUUCCAGAAAUUGAACGCGUCGCUUGCCAUUGCGAUGUCGUCUGUACAUCUCAAUCGACUGGGAUACACUGACUUACCAGACCCUUACGAUCCCAGCGCUGUACUGCCGCCAGAGUUUGUGAAAGGCCUGGAGACGACCCGUCUUGGAGGCCGCUGCGAUAUGCGGUCAGACUCCAGACUGCCAGAAGUAACCUGGUACAUUGACGGAGGCCAUACGUUGGAGAGCAUCGAAAUUGCAGGGCGAUGGUUCGCAGACCGGACAGCGAGGACUGGAGCAGGAAAUGCCACGCGAGUUCUCUUAUUCAAUCAGCAAACACGGGAUGCGGCGUCUCUAGCGCGACGGCUGCACGAGACUCUGGCUACGGCUCUGCACGAUGCCAAGCCCUUUAAGUAUGCGAUCUUCUGUCCUAAUACCACUUAUAAGGAUGCUGGCUAUAAAAGCGAUCUUAUUUCCAUAAACACGAAUCAAGACGACGUACACAGCUUGCGAGUGCAACAGGAGCUUGCCAAGACUUGGGACGGAAUCGACCCCGAUGCCAAAGUCCAUGUCCUUAACACGAUUGAGGAGGCUGUGGCAAAGAUCAGAGAAUUAUCUAAAGGGCGAAAGGUCGAGGUUCUGGCUACAGGUAGUCUGCACCUCGUGGGCGGUCUCAUUGAAGUGCUCGAAAGCGAGGCCGAGACAGGACAAUAA